AUGAAGUGCGAGUCCGCGGAAGAACUCGGUCGCAUACACAACGCCGUUACGACCGCCGUGAAUGCGCAGGAGAGUAUCGGGAGGCCCGUCGACUCCCAUGGUAUGGACCUCCUCAACUUCCUCACUAUCGAGCUCUUCGAUUCGCGCACACGGAUGGAAUGGGAGUCCUCGAUCAGCGACUCCACUGAUCCGCCAGACCACGACACUCUCGUCAAUUUCAUCGCAAAGCGCAUUCUCACUCUGAACGCCGCGAAACCGAGAGUAUCGUCAAGGACCGCUGAAAGUACGCCGCGAACUGCGAAGGCUCACCACUCGAAGACCGGCUCCGACUAUUCAAAGUGCGCACUGUGCCAAGGAAAGCACACGCUCAUAGUGUGUGGCGACUUCAAGGCGAAGUCCGCGAGCGAUCGGAAGUCCUUCGUAGAACAAAACCGACUGUGCUAUAACUGUCUCGGGAAUCACUUGGUCUCCAAAUGCCAGUCCGUCAAAACCUGUUUCACGUGCAAAGGCAAGCACCACUCUACACUGCACGACGCGUAUAGUUCGUCCUCUUCCAACGAAGUAAGCGCGCUAGCUGCGAUGCACUCCUCGCCCGAGCGCAAGGCGAUCCUUCUCGCGACAGCUCGCCUGCUCAUCGCCGACCGCGCCGGGCAUCUUCACCCAGCUCGGGCGAUGCUCGAUCAAGGCUCCGAGGUGUCGAUCGUCUCGGAGGCGCUGGUCCAACGCCUGAAGCUCCCCCGCACAAGCUCUUCGGUGUCUAUCAUCGGCAUCGGCGGGGCUCGAUCCGGGUCAACCCGCGGCAGAGUGGCGCUCAACCUCUCCUCCACGGCCACGGGAACCAAGCUGAAAGCGGUCGCCUUCGUGCUGCCCGCGACUGUCGGCAUAUCAGGGGUCUUCGGUAGCCAACCUCUCCUCCUGGCCUCACGUCCGUGGCCUCGAGCUCGCCGACCCCCGAUACCAGGAGCGCGAGGAGUCGAGAUAUUGCUGGGUGCGGAAGUCUGCUCGACCAUCUUGGAGGCCGGGCUCCGCAAGGGUGGUCCUCGUGAGCCAGUCGCACAGAAGACGGCCCUAGGAUGGAUCCUGUCGGGAGGAUCUAGCUCGGCGUCCUUCCAGGGUCCCCGGAGCUCCCUGCAAUGCACGGUGGACCCAGAAUUGAACCAACUCGUACACAGCUUCUGGGAGCAGGAGAAGGAAUUCCCUCCCCCCGCCGCACUCACACCGGAGGAGGAACAGUGUGAGAUCCUCUUCACGCGCACUUACCAGCGGACUGCAUCCGGUCGGUACGUUGUACGCCUUCCGUUCUCUUCCUCGCCAACGUCGCUUGGUGAGACCCGAAAAUCCGCUGAACGCCUCCUGAACGCCAUGGACCUCCGGUCCAAGAUAGACCCGGAGUUCGGUGCCAAGUAUCGGGAAUUCAUGCAGGAGUACGAGGACCUGGAACACAUGAGUCCUGUGAGCUCGACUAAUACAGCUGCAUGCUACCUACCGCACCACGGAGUCCUCUGCCAGUCCAACUUCGGCUCCAAGCUCCGGGUGGUAUUCAAUGGAUCGCAACGCAUCACCUCGGGGGACUCUCUGAACAGCCACCUGAUGGUCGGCGCCAACCUGCUUCCGGCCUUGGCUGACAUUCUUCUCCGCUGGCGUCGGCACCGCUUUGUAUUUGUCACGGACAUCGAGAAGAUGUUCCGGCAAAUCCUCGUCCACCCCGAAGAUCGCCGCUUCCAACGGAUUCUCUGGCGCCCGAGAGUCUCUGAAAGAACGCAAGAAUAUGAGCUCAACACCGUCACCUAG